AUGCAGGUGCUUACGUUGGAGACCGCUUGCAUAAGGCACGUUGCUCUUUGGCCAUCGGAAUAUGUCGAUAACCUGAAGAAGCUUCCUCCAGCACUGAAAAUGCGUGUCCAGCGUUUAUGCGAGGAUGUUGAACUGUUCGUACAGUUACAUGCAAAAAUUUCACCACUUCAACGAAACUGGGUGGCUAUCGAUCAGAAUAGUGAAAUUGAUUGGCCACAAACAUAUCGGCAAUGCAUCGACGGUUUAAGUCCAGAAUCGGCGUUCAAAUUUGCAGCAGCAAAUGCUUUAGAAGAGGAAUGCUCAAGAAUCUGGAACAAUUUAAAUGAGGAGAGUAGAAAUAAGCUACGAAAAGCUUCGAAUGCAGUAAUACGCAGUGCUGCUUGGCAUGCUGCAGGAUUUCAUUACCUGAUCCUCUCCGACUACGUUUGCUGUAUAGCUACACGAAAUGGUUGGCCAAAUGCAUUAAAACUGUGGUUGAGUCGGGUUCCAGAGGAAGAAUAUGAUCGUCUUUGUGCAAAACUUUCACUUAUCUCUGUCUGCCAUGAACAUUAUCACCUGCUUGAAUUGUUACCAGCUUAUGAUACAUUUCCGUUUACAUUUAUUUUUCGUAAUGGUCGCGUUAAUCCGGAGUUCAUACAGAAGUUGGCCAAUACUCCAGUGAGAUGGAAGAAGUUAACAAUGAAGAUAUCUCGUGCGUUGUUAGAGUGGGCUUCUAGGAAAGAAAUUGAUCGGAUUAGAAUUGAUUUUUACAGCACUGUGGAAACUGCAGUUUAUGGUCGCUUUAUUGAUGUACUAUUGGCUAGUCCAGAGAAGUCUUCAACAUAA